GGGAAAAGAAAGGGGCUAUUUAGAAGCCAGUUUAAAAAAAUAAAAGGUACCUCCUCCAGGCUUUUUUCCUCCUGGGAGACAUUCAUGGCUGCCACAAACAGGUAUUUUUUUAAUUGUUUGUAAGUGAAUAUUAAUCUGGGUUUCCCCUUUUGGAACAGUCUUUAAUUUGCUUCUCCAGGCAGAAACUGGAAUUUCCUUGUGGGUCAUAUUUCAGGGUGUUUGUGUUCAUACACCAGCUAUAAGUCAGCAGUCAGUUCAGGGAGGACACUUCGUCUUUUGCUGCAGAAAACAAUACAGGAAAUCUGGAAAUGUUUGAUGGUGCAUUUCUCUAAGACCUUCUACGCUAGAAAGACAUUCACCUGGCACACAGAGCUUAUCUUGCUGCCAAGGCAGUAUCAGGAACAGGUGCGAUGCAAUGUUCCUAGGGUACAGCUGGGGAGGCUACUGCAAUGAAAGGGGCAAAUGCAGUUCUGUUGGCAGGUCUCUUCACAUCCUGAGCAAAUCAUCCCUCUGAAUCAUGCAACCAUGCGCACAGUGAAAUGUUGCUCAGCAAGAAAGAGUGAAAGGAAUUAGCUUGAAGGUUUUUACUUCCCUGUCUCAGUAAAAAACUAAUCAGGAUGGCUUCAAGAACUGCAAAAAACUCUGAAGUAGAAGCUCAAAACCCAUUUUGCCCUGAAGGUGGACUUUUCAAGCAUGGUUUCUUCAUCAAGUCACCACCGCAUCAUCUUAUCAACUCCAAGAAUUCGUGGAAAAGGCGCUUUUUCAUCCUGUCCAAAUCCAACAAGGGCGAUUACAUCCUGAAGUACCUAAAAGGAAUGUCCAUGAAAGGCUCCAUAGCUGUUGAUCAGAUCAUAAGUGUAGAAAUAGGCAUAAGUAAUUCUGAAACAAUGGUGAUGGUGAGGAAGAUGUUCAGAUGCUUUCCAGAAGAGGUGAUAUCCAUCACUACUGAAAACAGAUGUUACUACCUCAUUGGGAAAAGCAGGCUGGAAAUAGAGGACUGGGUCACAGCCAUAUCUUCCAUCAGGGAGGCCAAAAAAGGUGGAUGCUGCCCUCAGAACCAAGAUCUUGCAAAUUCAGAAGUCAAAAGCCGGUCCUUCUCUAUGCCACUGUUCUCGAAUUCUAUAGAUAUGACCGGUUCCCCGAGAAGGCAAAGCUACCUGAAGGAUGAUGGUGCCUCAGAAGAUAAGAACAGGCCAAAUUCAGAUCCUGGCCCUCAUCAGGCUCAGAGCAACUCACCACAAGGAGUUCUACCAAGACUGGAUAAAACUCUGGGAAAGACUGAGGAAAAUCUGUCAUCAGAUUCAAACGAAGAUCUCGAAAAGGAAGAAGAACCAUAUUACCAAACUCCCAGCAGUCUUUUAGCAAAGUGCAAUAGUGAAAUAUCGGAGAUUGACCCUACAGCUGAGCCUGAUAUCCCUGUACAAGAGAAGCCGUGUCAAAGGCAGCCAGAGAAGGAGAAUGCUUAUGAGUCAAUGGAGUCACUUAGGCUAACAUGUAGACAUGACAGGCUCCAUUCUCCUCCCAGAAGCCUGGAAAACAGUGCAAGUCCAAGCAGCUUGGAGGCAGACACAGAUGUAAAUCUCCCACAAAGCACCACACAACAGUCUUUCCUCAAAAGAAGGCAAAACUCAUCACCACUUUCAGUGGUUCAGUUGUCUAUACUGCUCAGUCAAGUUACAGAUAAGACACAACUGCAAGAAUUGGAUAUUUUGGUCCCCCUGGCAGAUAUUAACAGUUACCUAAAACUUACUGAAGCAGCAGGACAAAUAUGUGUCUCACAGUGGACUGGUCCUUGCCGACUGGGAUGCUUAUUUAACCAUGGAGACUGCAUAGUGGCUGUGAAUGGUCUGCACCCACAGAACAUGGAGGAGGCUUCCUUGUUCAUCAGCAGGUCCACACAAAAGGAGGUGAAACUUACUGUAUGUAGGAUUCCACAUUCAGAUACCUUCCAUGCUAAAGGCUGUUCAUGUUCCUGAAAAAAGACGUCAGUGAUGAAUCAGGAGCAAACAAAGAGGUGAGACAGCCUUAAAGCAACUUCCUGAAAUUCUGUGGGAAUCAUGUCUAAGAAGAGAUAAACAAAGAGGAGCUCCAAACCAUAUACGGUGGUGAGAAGAAAGAAGCCACCACCCUGGAACUUGCAUGUAACAUUGCUGCUGAAGCAGACUUUGAAUGACACACACAGCACCUCUCAGCCAUGGGAGAACGUUACUUUUCAACAAGAAUGGGCUAUCAGUAGAGAUAUCAAACACAAAAGGGUUCCAGAAUAUUUCAGAAAACCUGAAAGUUAUUUCUGUACUUUUAUAAGCAGUUACUGAAGUGUUACAUCAAUUGAUUAUCAAUUGAUGAUCAUCAAGUGAUGAUCAUCAAUUAUGUCAAUUUGCACAACACUAAAUGCAAAUGAUGAGUGUUUACACAAUGUCUGAUUCACAACACUUGCUAGACAUGUGAUAUGAAAGUUAGAUCCAUACAGUAAAUUCUGCUAGGAUGUCUGAAGCUGUCUGUGCAUGUGUAAUUAAUAAAUACGUCACCACUUUACAACGCA